AUGGAUAAGACGGCUCGGGACUUCUCGUUUGCGAAAUUGAGCGAUUUAGACAAAUCUGUUACAGUUAGAAUAUCUCAGCUUGAAGGGACUCGGACACCACGCCCUUUCUCGGAACUAUUAGAGCGGCCUGAAUUACGGUUUGCAGGGGUACAGCAGAACACACUCUCGGACCUCUUCGUUACAUGUCAAAUAGUCGCGGACAACAAACCAUUGACCGUUCCACACCGUACUUCAUUUAAAGCGUUCAAGAACUCUUACACAUGGAAUGAAUGGAUAACCUUCCCCCUCAAGUACCGGGAUCUUCCUCUCCAUGCCCAGCUCACAUUCACAGUCUGGGAUAUCGAAGGGCCGCGGACAUCGGCGCCAGUAGGGGGAACUACUUUUAGGAUGUUCGGCAAAAAGAGCACUCUUCGGCGAGGAAAACACCGUUUAUUGCUUUGGGCAGGUCAGGAGGCGGAUGGGUCGGCCGAAUCUAGAACACCAAGCAAGGUGGAACUGAAGGACGAAAUGGGAAGGCUUGAAAAGGCAAGGGGCGAUUUACCCAAAUCAGAGUGGCUAGACAAGAUGGCGUUUCGUCGUAUGGAGGAAAUUCACUCGGCCGAGACUGCAAAGUCAGAAAGCUUAUUUUUGUACAUUGACGUCCCUCGCUUCGACUUCCCGGUGCUUUUCACUGAGCCAGAAGCAUCAAACAUUCCACAGUCUACUACAGCCCAUCCAACCACUAUCCCAUCGGCGGCGCCAACUGCUGGGUUGGCUGCUCCCCUCAUGGACUUCAAGGCCGAGAUGCAAAUAUGGGGCAUAGUAGAUCCAGACAUUGCGAGGGAGAAUCCGGUUGAGGAUAAGCAUCGCCGACUUGUGCGUGGGCAUCGAGGUGGACCUCUAGACCGGGAGCUCAAGCCAGAUGCCAAAACUCGAGACGAGCUUACUGCUGUUAUUAAUUACCCUCCCACCCAACCUCUCAGUUCAGAAGACAAAGAUCUUAUCUGGAAAUUCAGGUUUUAUCUUUCCCGAGACCCUCGUGCCCUCACCAAAUUCCUGAAGGCGGUAACAUGGAAAGACGCUAGUGAAGUCAAACAGGCUGUGGAGAUAUUAUUACCAAUGUGGACCGAAGUCGGCACAGCGGACGCUCUGGAGCUGUUGGGACCUUCGACGAGUGAUUCUCGAGUCCGAAGUUUUGCAGUUAAGCAGCUUAAACGAGCGGAUGAUGAAGAAUUAUUAUUAUACUUGCUACAACUUGUCCAAGCUCUCAAGUUCGAGAGCCCGUCCUCAUCUUCCACGAAGGAUCGAGCCAGUGGAUUGGCUGAUUUCUUGGUUGAGCGUGGCGCUGCCCAUCCAGUACUUGGCAAUCGUUUAAAUUGGUACUUGAUGGUCGAGAUGGAGGACAAAAUGGUAAAGAAGAUGUACGCAAAGGUCGCGUUCGAGUUUCAGCGGCAGUUGAAUGAAUCUGAGAGCGGUGCUCAGCGGCGAGAAGUCAUGCGACGGCAAGCGGAGCUUAUAUCCAUACUAUCUACGCGCGCCAAAGAGGUUCGAGCGUCCAAAGAUGCGCGUCAGAAGAAGAUCGACAAACUCAAGGCAUUUAUUUCUGAUCCUAAAAAUGGGCUGGUCAAUAUGCCUGCUCCCCUUCCGCUCCCUUUGAAUGCACGCAUAAUGGUGACUGGAAUGGUCCCCGAAAAGUGCUCUGUCCUCAAAAGCAACUUACAGCCACUGAAGCUCACUUUUAAGUGCACCUCCGAAUCGGGUGCCGAAGCAGAGGAAUAUUCAGUGAUAUUUAAGAAUGGAGAUGACCUUCGCCAAGACCAGUUGGUGAUUCAGCUUUUUACUCUAAUGGAUCGUUUGCUCCGCAAGGAAAACCUGGACCUGAGAUUGACUCCAUACGAUGUCUUGGCCACUAGUUCGACCGAGGGAAUGAUCCAGUUUAUCCCUAGUAGCACCAUCCGGAUAAUAAUAGAACAGUAUUCUUCAGUUCUAGGCUACCUACGCGCCCAUUAUCCUGAUGAAGGCAGCGUUGGAACGUAUGGGGUAAAAAAAGAUGUGAUUGAGACUUUUAUUCGAAGUUGUGCUGGAUACUGUGUGGUCACUUAUAUUCUUGGAGUCGGAGAUCGUCAUCUUGAUAACUUACUUGUUGCACCCGAUGGUCAUUUUUUCCACGUCGACUUUGGUUACAUUCUUGGCCGGGAUCCAAAGCCAUUCCCACCACCAGUCAAAGUAUGCAAGGAGAUGGUAGACGCUAUGGGAGGAGCGCAAUCAUCACAUUACGCGAGGUUCAAGAACUACUGCUUCACAGCGUUUAGUAUCCUCCGGAAAAGCGCGAACCUUAUUCUUAAUCUCGUCGCACUCAUGGUAGACGCCAACAUACCAGAUAUCAAACACCGCGAUGUGCACGAGCAGAUACAGGAGAAAUUCAGACUGGAUCUCACCGAAGAGGAUGCGAUUAAACAUUUUGAAACCCUCUUGAACGAAACAUCGUACUUCACAGUCAUGUUCGACCGUAUACACGACCUUGCCCAAUACUGGAGAUCAUGA